CACUUCAACAAGCAGUAUGCUCUGCGUCCUCAACAGCAAACCCAGCAUCAACCUCCUCGCCCUCCACAUCUCCAAAUCCUCGACCAAGCCCCACAAUAAUUGAUCCUCCCCCCUCAUACCCCACAAACACCACCUCAGAAUCCGACAUAAACAACAAUGUCUUCCACUUCUACUUCCUCAUAAUCGCCAUCGCAGCCAUCAUCUUCUUCCUCGGCAUUCUCUACAUCAGCCGCAGAAAGAAACGGAAAGCAGAAAUUAUGCGUUCAAACAGUCAGCGAGCACUAGCACGAGACGUCGAAGGUUUCCGCAGAUUUGGUCGAACUAUGGGAAGGAGUGGACUCGGUUGGCCUACCAGCACAACGCAGAGGAUUAGAACCGAUGUUGAAGAGGGCUUGGAUGAACUGGGCGAGGCUCCUCCGCCUUAUGUGCCGGGAACGAAACCUCCGAGCUUGAGGAGUGUAGAGAGGGAGAGGAGGGAGAGUUCGAGUUCUGAGCAUAUUGUGGGAGAAGCUGUGGAGUUAAGGCCUCUGAGUAAGGAUGUUGAGCACCCGCCGGGAUAUCAUGAGCAUCUUGCCUCUGAGGCUGGUGCUGGGGUUACGAGACCAGAUACGGCUGUUACGGCUUCAGAGAGGUUUUCGUCUACGAGGUGACUUAUUCACCAUACGGGAAGCUCUUCGGAGCAGGAUGGGGCUGUGGUUAGGUAAUGGAGUACAUGGUCGGGGUUGGAUAUUGGCGUUGUGGUCCAAAAUUGGGUCGGUACAUA